AUGGCGUCGAUUGCAGAAUAUAUUAUAGUAGGUGGUGAUUACAUGGGUGAAUGGGAAGAGACCCAAAAAUGUUGGAAUUGGAAUUCUGUGAGCAAGGUGACAGUACUGCCGAUUGCGAAUGAGAGGCAGGUGGUAUUGUACAUGCUUGAUGUUGCUGCUGAUGGUUCUAGGCUCGUUUUAAGAAUAAAUGUUGUUGAGAGGUCUCAAGUUGGUUCUACAUUAACAGCACCACCCCCACACAUAGACCCACCACUGCCACAGCCGCUAGCUGAUGAAGCUUCAAUGCAAUAUGAGGGCAUGGGUGAUCAUUUUAUUCAUAUGGAUGAUCCUGAUAAUGAUGACGAAGAGUGUGAUGGAAAUUAUGGGGAUGAUGGGCAGCAACCAAGUGGUUCACAAAGUAACCACAACUUUAGUGAUGGAACCGGUUUUUACUGUGGGCAAACAUUUAAGAACAAAGAGUAUUUACAGGUUUUAUUGAAGAAAGCUGCAAUAACGACCCCAGUUUGUUUUAAACUGAACAAGAGUAACAACAAAUAUUAUAAGGUGGAAUGCACCUCUCCUGAUUGUGGUUGGAUGUUGUGGGCCAAUAAGUACGACAACUCGGAUAGGUUUCGAAUUUACAAGUACGUUGGUGAUCACACUUGUGGGGUUGAACACGUUACGAGCACUCAUAAGCAUGCCUCAACAGCUGUCCUUGCAUUAGUCUUAAUGAAUGACGAUAUUGACAACAAAGGGCCAACGACAAAGGAAAUCCAGAGGACGGUUUUUAGGGAGUUCCAUUGUAAACGAAGCUAUUGGCAGUGUUGGAAGGCAGGUGUAACGGCUAAGAACAUGAUUAAGGGGACACCGGAGCACGGGUAUGCUUGCUUACCGGCUUAUUCAUACAUGGUUGAAAAUCUAAAUCCAGCUUCCAGAAUUUGCAUUAGUCUUGAUGACGCGGACAAGUUCAAAUAUUACUUCGUAGCUUACGGUGCCUGCAUUCGAGGAUAUAAACUCGUGCGAAAGGUUAUUGCCGUUGACGGCACACAUUUAUACGGCAAGUAUGAGAGUGUGUUGUUGUCGCCUUUCGCACAGGAUACUGAGAACCAUAUCUAUCCAAUUGGUUUUUGCGUGGCGGACAAGGAGUGUGAUGAAUCCUGGACCUACUUCUUUGAGCAGCUGAGGCAUAUAAUCGCCAAUGAACCAGACUUGUGCAUCAUUUCUGAUAGGCGCAAGAGCAUCACCAACGGUGUUUCCAGAAUUUUUGAGCAUGCUCAUCAUGGACUAUGCAUGAAGCAUCUUGCAAAGGCAUAUGGUUACCAGGAGUUUAAUGAACAUUUUCAGCAAUUAAGGAAUAAAUGCCCCGAAGAUGCUAAUUUCCUCGAGUUUGAUAUUGGAUUUGACAAGUGGAGCAUGGCAUAUUUCCCAGCAAAUAGGUACGAUGUGCUGACCACAAACAUUGUGGAGUUGCUAAACUCAAUGUUAAGGGAUGAAAGAGAGUACCCUGUGGCUGCCUUAUUCACUUCUAUUUCUAGGAGGGAUGCCAACGAGUUCAUCAUAGUCGGUAGUGGCCUAACUGUCAAAUUCAAUCUACUGAACAUUACUUGUAGAGAGUACAACUUGGUGAAAUUACCAUGUGCUCACGCGAUGGCAGCCUUGAGAUUGAAGUACGGACCUGAUUAUGAGUCAGAAUGGGAAGUCCCAGAGAAGUACGCAAACAUGUAUAUUCCUCCACCCUCUUAUGACCCCAAACUUGGAAGGAAGAGUGAAGCGUAUUUCUGGCGUCGCAGAAUCUUUCAAGUCCAGGGGAAGUAG